AACUAUUGAGAUAUUUAACAGAAUUAUAACCGCACCAGCUCGAUACGACGUGUCAUUCUUCUUAUAUAAUGAAAUUAGCCGCACACGAUUUCGCAUGACAGUUUUACGCCCGUAAUAUGCAUUGUCCGUUGCUAAAAAUGCGAAAAAUGUCAAAGUAUAGUAGUAGGUCUCAUGAAGAUCAUUCCUUAUAGCUCGCUAUCGUGAAACGGGAAAACGCACGUUUUAUUUUGUUACGUUUGUAAAUCGUGACUGCUUAUAACUCAUGUAAUAUGCAUUUCUGUAAUUGUUUUACAUCAGCAUCCAUUGAAUUAUCAUUCAGUUGGUGAAUUUUGUAUAGAGUGGUAAUGUCCGAUAGAGCAAACACAAUGAAGUUGGAAGCUGAAAUGGCUACACCGUUGCACUUGCAAAGAUUAGAACGUAGUCUUAAUCUACAGCCAUUUUUGAGGCAAAUCAACGAUCUCUUUCAAGAACAAGCUAGCGAAGAUGACAAGUCUGUCUCAUCAGAAUCUUCUGAUGGAUCAGAUGCUUACAUUGAAAAUGUACUCACCCGCAAGGAAGAAACAAGAAUUAAUAAGCUGAGGGUAUACAAUAUGUCAAGUGUGGGAGAAGAACGACGAUGGUUACAAGAUAUUCUAUUAAGUGACUCCUCUGAUAGUUCUGCAUCAGGUUCCGAUACAGAUAGUCCAAUCACAGAAGAAGAUUUUCAGGAGAUGUUGAAAGUUCACAUAUUACGAAAGAAGUAUCAAGGCCGCUUCUAUCAAAAACCUGAAAACAUACAAUAUCAAUAUUAUAGUGCAGGUUUACUGUCAAAUUAUGAUAGAUUUUUAGAACAUCAAAAGCUAAUUGUAGGGAAUAAAAAAAAGAAAGAGAAAAAGCCCGACAAAAAAAUCAUGAAAAUUAAGAAGGAAAAGAUUAAUCGUCAUCGAACAUCUGAAGAAUAUCGUAAAGGAGAUUUUCCGGAAGGAGAAUGGGAUAGAUCAAUUCCCAGGGAAGAAGAAUUAGACGAGGCUGAGUUAGAAGCUAUAAUGCGUCAUCAGCCACGAGGGAGAGGGAGAAAGAAACAUAACACUAAAAGCGUGGAAGUAAUGACAAUGAGAAGAAAAAAAAUAUGGGUUAUGAUGUCUAAGAAAGAACUGGGCAAAGUACAGCGGGCAAAAUCUAAUAAUCAUAAAGAGAUGCUAAUAAGUUGUAAAAAGGUUGCACAGCAUUGUAUGAAAUAUUGGAGGCAAAAAGCUAUGCAGUCACAAAAAAAUAUGAAGGAGACUAUCUGGAGGGCCAAACGUUUGACAAGAGAAAUGCAGUCUUACUGGAAACGUUGUGAUCGAGUUGAACGAGAAACUAGGAGAAGAUUAGAAAAAGAAGCUGAAGAACAGCGUAAAAUGGAUGUAGAGCUUAUCGAGGCAAAACGUCAGCAGAGGAAAUUAAAUUUUCUUAUCACCCAAACAGAGCUAUAUGCGCAUUUUAUGUCACGAAAAUUAGGUAAAGCGUCACCAGAGGAACAAUUGAGAAUCCUGAAUCAAUUAGACGAAGAAAAAAAUCCCAGACUUAUCGGUAUCGACGAUUACGAUAGCGAGGCCAUGAAAUUGAAAGCAAAGAGGAAUGCUACCGAAGCGUUUGAUAAUGAAAAGGCUAGAACUAAACAGUUUGAUACAGUCGCAACGUCUCAAGAAUUACGUCUCAGCGAUACACCUGACAAUUUGGAGCAUCCUCAACCCUCAAUUUUCAAAGGAAAUUUGAAAGGUUAUCAAUUGAAGGGAAUGAAUUGGUUGGCAAACUUAUACGAUCAGGGCAUCAGUGGAAUACUAGCUGAUGAAAUGGGUCUGGGGAAAACUGUGCAGUCUAUAGCAUUUUUGUGUCAUGUUGCCGAAAAAUAUUCUGUUUGGGGGCCAUUCCUAAUUAUAUCACCAGCUUCUACAUUACAUAACUGGCAGCAGGAAAUGGCAAGAUUUGUACCGGUAUUCAAAAUAGUUCCAUACUGGGGUAACCCUCAAGAACGCAAGAUACUUAGACAGUUUUGGGAUACUAAAGAUUUGCAUACAAAGGAAGCAUCUUUCCACGUAGUAAUAACGAGUUACCAAUUAAUAAUCACCGAUUAUAAAUACUUCAAUAGAAUAAAAUGGCAGUACAUGAUUUUGGAUGAAGCACAAGCUAUAAAGAGCACAAGCAGUAUGAGAUGGAAGUUGUUAUUGGGGUUCAGUUGCCGUAACAGAUUAUUGCUUAGUGGUACUCCUAUACAAAAUAGUAUGGCAGAAUUAUGGGCAUUAUUACAUUUUAUUAUGCCGACUUUGUUUGAUUCACAUGACGAAUUUAACGAAUGGUUUUCUAAGGAUAUUGAAAGUCAUGCAGAAAAUAAAACGGGCAUAGAUGAGAAACACUUAUCGAGGCUGCACAUGAUUUUGAAACCUUUCAUGUUACGAAGAAUAAAGAAGGACGUAGAAAAUGAGUUAUCUGAUAAGAUUGAGGUGAUGGUGUAUUGUCCACUUACAACGCGUCAAAAGUUACUUUACUCUGCGUUGAAAAAGAAAAUUAGGAUAGAGGAUUUACUGCAUUACACAGUAGGCGGAGGCGACACUGCAUCCAACGAUAAAAACUUUACUUCCAAUCUAAUGAAUCUAGUCAUGCAGUUCCGAAAGGUCUGUAAUCAUCCGGAACUCUUUGAACGUAGAGACGCUAAAUCGCCGUUCUUUAUGAACACUGAAUUGUACAAUCUGCCCAUCUUACUGUAUAAUGAGGGACUUUUGCAUCUAGCAUUACCAUCCAGGGAUCAUUUGUUGUGUAAUAAGUUGUUUAUAUUCGCUGCGGAAUAUAUUCAUCGUGCUCUUCACUGCGAUGUAGACUCGCACGAAAAUACCUUUUCCUUUAGCAGAUUUGUUAAUUUAUCUCCGAUGGAAAUAAAUAAGAUUUUUAUUGCCGGUACUUUAUUCAGAUUGUAUUUAAUAACGUUGAUGGAGAGAAGAUUAAAAAUAAUACAGUACUGGGAGAAUUGGUGCGUCGACAACAGAUCGAGAACGCCCAUGAAUCAGUUGUUUUAUUUGCCCCGAAAAAUUGAGGCUUUAUCGAUGACGUUACAGGAUUUGUUGUUUACGAGAAAGAUAAUUGAAGGCGAGGCUUUAUAUGUACACACUGCCCAUACAAUACACUCAAUGCCGGAAACUGUUGCUCACAGGAUACUACGUAGCAGUAAAAAAUCUGCUAAUCAACUGACAAAAUUGCAGAGAAUACUUCCUGCUGGUAAAGCGGAGCAAUCGGAGGACUCGAAGUUGUCUUUGUUGCCUGAGCAUCCUCACCAUCCGCGACAAUCCAUAGUGCGAUAUUGUCAGGAGACAAUGAUUCCUGCCUUCGUUUGCGACAAGAAUCCCAAGGUUCAAGCUAGUCCGCGUAAAUUAUAUGUUAGUAGCAGUUCCGCAGCGUGUGCUUGGAAGAGGCAUGAGGAAUGCGGCGGAUUAUUUGGUCAAAGAUUACUUUGGUUCGGCUGUGAACGAGCACUUUCCUCGUCAGAAAAAAAUUCAAGUGUAUGUGUUGGUCAAACAACGUCAACAUUUUGCUACCAGCCACUAGGUGGAUUGUCCGCGUGCGCUCCUGUUAAUGGAUGGUCGAAUAUCAUUGUGCCAGAUAAGCAAACGUUAGUAACGGACGCCGGCAAGCUCUCAGUACUGGACAGUCUUUUACGACGCUUGAAGGAACAAGGACACAGAGUGCUCAUUUACUCUCAAAUGACGAAAAUGAUUGAUCUACUUGAGGAAUACAUGUAUCACAGGAAACACACUUUCAUGAGGUUAGAUGGUUCGUCGAAAAUCUCGGACCGCCGAGACAUGGUAGCAGAUUUUCAGAAGAGAGCGGACAUAUUCGUCUUUCUGCUCAGCACUAGAGCUGGCGGCCUGGGAAUCAACCUUACCGCAGCAGACACGGUCAUAUUUUAUGACAGCGAUUGGAACCCCACCGUAGAUCAACAAGCUAUGGAUCGCGCCCACAGGCUGGGGCAGACUAAGCAAGUCACGGUCUAUCGAUUAAUAUGUAAAGGAACUAUCGAAGAGCGAAUUCUGCAGAGAGCGCGCGAGAAGAGCGAGAUUCAACGUAUGGUUAUAAGCGGUGGAAACUUCAAGCCCGAUACUCUGAAACCCAAGGAAGUGGUCUCGCUUCUACUGGACGAUGAGGAAAUCGAAGCUAAAUACAGCCAACGAAGCGAGGAGAGAAAGCAGCAGCGAGCGGAGGAGGCUCGCCUCGAGUCGAACCUACAGCACAAGGAGAAGGACCGGAAGAGGAAGUUAACCGCGCUUCCGGUCAAGAGCGACGCGAAGAAGCCAUGCCUCGCCGACGCUAAUGGCGACAAAAACAACGAUGCUGUUCAAAUUAAUGUUAAUGAGCCUAAACCGGCCGCCAAUCCGAUUCAGUCACAGCACCAGAACAAUCACCAUCAGCAGCAGCUAGAAAAUGCGGACAAUUACAGCACGCCGACUAGCCCGGCCAAGUCAGAGGACGAAACAAGCAACGAGGGUUUGGUGGUCGAUGUUGACGGCCCGGUGGCGGUUUCCGGCAGUGACGCUCGCCAAGCUCGAGCCGGCAAUGUUCAGUUUGGCGAGCCGUCCAAGGUCGCCCGACUCGGUCAUCACUUCGCUUUCGGCGUGAAUGCCGGCGCGCGUAUGCGACAAUCCGUACGUGGCGCCAGCAAGCGCGGUAGGCCAAGAGGUUCUCGUCGAGGAGGUCCGAUCGGCGGUAAAGGCAGAGGUGUACUUCUCUCGCAUGGCCCGUCCAAGUCCUGCAACGCGGUUGGCAGUCAAUCUCCAUCUUCCUUGUCGCCGACCGGUGGUGGCAACGGUGCUGGCUCCUCCGGCGAGCAGACGGUGCAGCAGGGAGCGCACACGACCACCACCGGCCCAGCCGACGGCGACGGUCCGAGCACGGUAGGUCCGAUAGGUCCACUGAAUACUCUGACUCCCUUAUCUGGACGCGGCAACGUCGCAGGAAUUCGCAGAGGUCCAGGUAGACCGAGACUCCGACCGACCGGGCCUGGACACCAAGGCUACCGCAGUCCCGGACAUCAUCACCAUGGUAAGAAACUCCAGCGAUCGUUGCCAGUGCCGAUCAGGUCUCAAACGAUCGCCGGCUCCGGUCAUCAGCACAAGGCAGCUUCGUCGUCGUCGCAGCAGCAGCCACAGCCACAACAACAGCAGCAGCAGCAGCAGCAACAACGUUCCAACAUCUCAACGCCCGGCUUGUCGUCGUCGUCGUCGUCAUCAUCAUCCUCGUCGUCCUCGUCGUCAUCGUCGUCGGUCCCCGUCACCGCCGCAAACUCGGCGCAGCUGUUGACUUCGACGUUAGGAUCGUCGGCGUUGUCCUCGACAGAGUCGCGACCCUUCGGUUUCUACACGCAGCAACAGCAGCCGCGAGGGCCGGCGUAGUCGCGCGAAGUGUCAAAUCCGAUCGGUCACUCGAUAACGCGACGAUAGGCGACGACGUCAUGUUCUCCGUUUCUUCUUUCAGCCGUGAGAAUCGAUGAGCGACGGAGCAGCGUUGCGGAUCGAUAGGACCGAGUAUGUGAGAACGCACAGUGUUUCCUUCACGAAGAAAGAUGUGAUGUGCGCCGUAUCGAUGUUUCGACAGACUCUCUCUCUCUCUCUCUCUCUCUCUCUCUCGAUUAAAAUAUCGCUGGUGUUUGGCAGAACGAGCCGGAAAGCUCGCUGAGCUGUUCGAGGAUCUGCUGUUCGACUCGCCGUGGAAUUAUUUAUUUGCUCCAUGGUAUAACGAGAACGCGAAUUUCGGCCUCCGGAUUCUAGGAAGCGGAUUUCCAAUCGCGAGCUCGCGCUCCGUUUCUCCGGACGUCGUGAAUCUCUCCCGUCGUGAUCGAUCAGUCGUCGCCGAACGUGGCCAAACAUGCCCUACUAGUGGUUUCCUCCAGUCUCAGCCAUGAUACGCCAUUGUAGAUUGCUUCUCCGAUCAGAUUCAAGUUUCUCUUGUUUGGGCGUUUUUCAAAUCGGCAGUUUUUUUUUUAUCAUGAAUAUCUGAAAGGAGAGAGAGAAAGAGAGAAAGAGAGAAUAUCAUUCGCCGUUGUGAGAAGAACGUCGAUGGUCGCUGACAAUUGAAAAUCUCCUCGGUAUCGGAUCGUAGCUUCGUCGUAGGGGAUUCUUCGGUCGGUGAAUGUGUUUGAUAUACUUUGGAAAGUCGAAAUCGAAAAGUAUGCGCAACGUGUCCCGCGGAUCCUCGAAUCGCCAGCCGAGCGCGCUCUCUCUGGUCUAUCGAGCGCGCCUUGUCGUCGUGUAUUUGUUCUGUCGUAAACUUCACUUCCGUCGGUAGACGUGUUUUUAUCUCAUUCGUCCCCUUCUUAUCCACCCCGAUUUUUGAAUCAUCGUUGCAUGCAAACGAAAGUGAACGUUGACAAUAUCUAGGUACUUGUACGAUCGCGAUGUGGCAUACAAGCGUAUUUAUUUCGUUUAUUUAUGGCGUGUUAGAGCUGAAAUAUAUGAAGGGGAGAAGGUUCGUCGAGAGCGUUUGAGAGCACGAUUGACACAAUCGACAUUCACCAAGGUACUUAAUUAAUCCUCACACUCGCCUGCGGACCCUUCCUCGACCAUUACUUCGACUCAUCUCGUCAGUUCUUCGCGAUGCAAUUUUCAGCGUGCACUCCGAUUCGAUUCGGGUCCGAUCAAUUGUGGGCUCUCGAGAUUUUCUUAUCGCAUGCUGAUCGUUCACUGCGUGUGCGAAAAACUGCUGGAUCGUGUUUAUCAAUAAUUGAUAGAUAAAUCGACCGCGACUCCAUACGUGGUAUAGACGUGGUAUAGACGUGAUUCUUGAUUGCGUUCUAAUUGUACAAUUAGUUAAUCGACAUUAAUCAAUCGAUCGUUUCGACAUGUUUCGCGAAUCAGCCAGCCAGAUCGUUCCCGCGACCGGCGAUCGCCGAUUUUCUGACGGCGAAUGCGUUAACGAACAGGCCAACACGAAAGAGGAGGGAAAGUAUAACCUCCCUCUCCCUUCCCCCUCUCUCCCCAUCAAUCGCUCUCUCGGCGUCAUUGUACAUUGUCAUUAACGAUAGCAUUAUUCCGUCACUAGACUCGGCUAGCCAAUAUUUUUUAAGUAUGUUACGAAACGUCGUUAGGCCAAUUCAAUUUGUAAGAGAAUAGUAUUUAUAUUAGCAAUAAACAGGCGAAAAAAUUUA